CUGCGAACUGGACGAUACAGCGCACAGGAGAACAAACAACUCAUGAGUAACAUAAACGACUUCCUGGCUCUCACAGGGAUUGAGAAUGCUGCUAAACUCUUCCAUACAAAGCGCUUCAAAGACGAACUGACACAAAUCCAGAGGUUGAAGAGUCAUCACAGGUUCCCUGAAAGAAUAGCUGAAGGAAUCCCAAGGCCUUGGCAUAAGGUCUAUAGUCGUGGUGGGAGGAAGAUGUUUGACGGUAGCAGCUACAAGGGCAGGUUCAGCGAAGAUGAACUUUACUCUUUGAAAAAACUGCAGACGUUGCACGGCAACAAUUGGGUGACGAUCUCGCAGUUGACUGGCCGGAGUGAAACGCCCCUCAGGAAGCGUUUUUCUCAGAUGUUCGGCAAACUUAGGUUCUUGGAGCGAAGAAGAACUGAAGAGACUAAUGGAAGCUGUGAGAGACCACCUGCUGGGAAGGUGGAGCCUGGCAGAGACAUGCCACCAUCAGGGAAAGACAAGCUGUACAACAACAUCCCCUGGACAGACGUAUGCCGGAGGGUUAAGACACGCCCACCGGGACCAGUGGUAGAAUGA